UAUAUGCAUAAUGGAACCAACCAACAAUUUUUGGGAAAUUGAGAUAUCACCGCCAUCUUGAAGAGCUUGAAAGAAUUUAUACCCUGAUUUUUUUACUUUAACUGGCUUUGAAACUACAAAUGCAAAAAAAAAAUCAUGAAAAAACAUCAAAUGCUGUAUGUCGGAUUCAAUAUUAUGAAUAAGGGAACCAAGUGGCUUGGUUCUUUGUUUCAAAAUUCAGAGACUGGUUUUGUAAUAUGCAUAACAGAACCAACCAACUUGAUUCUCUUUGUUGUGUAGUCUUCAUCUUGAUCAGCUGUUUUGCAUACAGGAACCAAGUUUGAAGUUAGAUAAACCUGCUUGCAAUACAAUAAUAAUAGAGUAACAUAAAUGAUUGUUUUAUGUCUGUAUUGUGUCUAAGUGUUACAAAAUGGAUAUAAAGAGAAGAACUUUGUUAAUUAUGGAAAUGGCAAAAGUUCAAACCCCUGAUUCUUCUGAACCAGAUCAUGAGCCUACGUUAUUGGAAACUGAUCAGGAGUCGACAAAUAUACAACAAGAGCAUAGCUAUGUCUGCAAUGAUAGUCCUAUAUCACAUAAACCUACACAGAAUGAAGGAGAAAACGGUGUAGAUCUCAAUGAAAUGUUGGAAAAUAACAUGCCUGAUUUGGAUACAAGCUACCUGGAUAUUUCAAAAAUGGAAAUUGUGUACGACUUUCCAAAUAUUUCAUUUGAUACCAGCAAAUCACAAGAACCUAGUCUAACAGAUUCAAUAUUAGAUGAUGGUGAUAGUGUUCAAUUAUCUGGUGCUAUUGAAAUUACAGAUAAUAUUGGAAGAAUGAUGGUAGAAAAUGGAACUAACCAUGCACCAGAUGAUCUUAACUCUUUUCAUAUUGUUCCUCAUCUGGAAAUGGAAGAGCAUGAGAGUAUGCAAGAUGAUGACCCACUAAUUACUGGAAAUCAAAAUAAUUUAAUUAAUGUUGGUGAACUAAAUACUGAAGAACCGAACAUUGAGGAUCAAGUAGUCGAAGUAAUUGCUGAACCCCAGAUUGAUAACAACAGAGCAGAAGUAGUAGACGAAACGCCUAGCAUAACAGAUGAUAGCUCUUCUAGUGGUUCUGAUUUUGAAGAAAUUGACAGUUCAGGAAGACCAAAGAAAGGUAGGAAGAGAAAGUAUGCACAUCAAUCUAGAGAUAUCAGAAAAAAAAGGAAAAAUAGUAAUAAAAAAUACAUUUCUCAAACAGGAAAAGUUGUGUACCCUAAAAACUUCAGGGAUUUUCAUUGUGCUUGCAAGUGUAAUGAGAAAGUGUCACUUGAAGUAAGAAAAAGCACUUUUAAGAAAUUUUAUGAUUUGGGGGACUAUAAUGCCCAAAACAUGUUUAUUUGUGCAUCAGUACAGGAAGAAAAAACAAAAAGACCAACAGUACAACUAUCUAAAAGACAGUUUACAAGGAAAUAUACAAUUAACAAUACUGUUAUUUGCAGGAAUAUGUACGUACAAACCUUAAGAGUGUCCACAAAAAGAAUUAAUACAGCUCUUAAAAAGCUUAAAAACGAUAAUGUGAAAGAUGAAAGGGGGAAAUGUGGUGGCAGUAACAAGAUUGAAGACAAACGGAUUGAAGAAGUCCGAAACCACAUUAAAAGAAUUCCAGCAUACAAGUCCCACUACUGUAGAACGACAACAGAAUCAUGCUGGUUACCCCCUGAUAUGACAUUGCCACGUAUGUACAGUUUGUACAAGGCUGAAGUAGAGCAUCCUGUGUCCCAAUCAAAAAUAUAA